AUGGCAGCUGUGUUAGCUGCACGUCUCUGUGAAAAGGUUCGGCAAUCCAUGGAAAUUGAGUUUAAUAGCAUCACAUUUUGGACCGACUCGACGAUAGUUUUGGGCUGGAUAAACACCUCUCCGCAUUUGUUGCAAGUUUUCGUCGCCAAUAGAGUUAAUUCGAUCCAAGAGCUCACAAAUAUUGAAAAUUGGAGGCAUGUGCGAACCCAGGACAAUCCAGCUGAUUGUGUGUCACGUGGCAUGAAGCCUCAGGAGUUGUUAGAGUUCGAAAUGUAUUGGUCAGGACCAGAUUGGCUUCGAGAAUCCAUAGAAAGCUGGCCUGAGCCUCUUGUAGUGUCCAGAUCUAACGAGUUGCCUGAAUUAAAAAGGGUCGUUGUUGCAAAUACAUCUACGUUAGACUCUGAGUUUAUAGAUUUGUCUAGGUUUUCCAAUUUAACUCGAUUGGAACGAGUGAUUGCCUACUGUAUUCGUUUUAUAAAUAAUUGUCGUAGAAAAGAGGAUGAAAGGUUAUCGAGUUCUUUAAGUUGUGAUGAAAUAAGUCAUGCGUCCUUAGUAUUAGCUAGGUUGUCACAACGUCAAUCAUUUUCCGAAGAUCUUGUAACAUUGUCCAAGCAAGGGCAAGUUAGUAAUAAAAGUAAAUUAAUAAAGCUUCAUCCAUUUUUAGAUGAAAACGGUUUAAUUCGUGUCGGCGGACGUUUAAACAACUCAGAUUACGUAUAUGAGAAAAAACAUCCUAUUGUGUUGUGUUCAAAACAUGUUUUUACUAGGCUUUUAUUCGCUCGUGAACACAAACGGCUACUGCAUGCUGGCCCACAGCUCUUAUUAGCUGUUAUUCGGGAAAAUUAUUGGCCCAUAGCAGGACGUAGUUUAGCUCGUAAAGUUUUCCAUCAAUGCGUAAUUUGUUUUCGAAAUUGUCCCAAAGAAAUUAGCCCGGUGAUGGGUGAUUUACCAAAGCGGCGGGUCACACCAUCUCCUCCAUUUUACGUAACUGGCGUAGACUACGCUGGUCCCUUCCUAAUCAAGGAUAGACAGGGACGCGGCUGUCGCACUCAAAAGGCUUAUAUUGCGGUGUGA